UACAAGCUCGCCAUAUACGGCGAAGGAGGUCAUUUCGACUGGCAUCGUGACUCGACGCAUAGCGAUGCUCACCAUGGAACGGUGCUCGUCGCGCUCAACACAGAAUGGGAGGGGGGAGAGCUUAUGCUGAGGCAUCAAGGCGUCGAGACAAUUGUCAACAUGCAUCCAAGAAAGCAUCCAAGAAAGUCUGGCGAAGAGCUCCAGCCAGUUGUGGUUGCAUUUUACACAGACACAGAGCACAAAGUCAUGCCCGUGACCAAGGGCACACGUCUGGUGCUCCAGUAUGACGUCGAACUCAUCGAGCAAUCAUCUCAAUAUCGGAUUAAACCACCU